GUUUUUCUCUUACUUGUGUAAAAAUAAGUGUGUAGUUAAAAACCUGCGGUCUGUUAGUGACUUAAAUUUGAAGAAUGGAGAAAAUUGAGACUUUUAAAAAACGGGCCGGAACAACUGACAAAGGCAGAGAUUAUGAGGAUGUGGUUCUCGCCAAUGUUGUACUAAGACUAUUAAACGACCCCAGAGUAAAAACGUUCCAGAUCUCAUCAAAUGAUGAUGAUUUUGGGGCGUUUGAUGAUCUGGUCGUUAAGCUUGCAUCGGAUAAGGAAAACGACAUUCAAGUUAAAGCGGUGCAGUUAAAACACACCGAGAGGAAAGUACUCUCUCUCGAAAAUUUGCGAGCCGUAAAAGGAGACUUCAGUAUUAAAAAAUACUACAAAAGUUACACAGAAAUUGAGAAACAAAUAGAUGAACUGAUUUUGUUCACAAAUAGGCCGUUUAAUCCUCCCGACAACGCAACCUUCCAACUUGAGGGCGAAGGCUUUUACGUCAAGCUUACUAAAAGAGAAGUUAGCUCAGACAUUUCAGAAAAUGUUAGUCACGUUUAUCAGUUUGAAAUAGUAGAUGACCAAACGACAGUGGAGAAUUUUCAAAAAUAUCAGGAGUUUUUUCGCAAGUUUUUUCUCUAUACCGACCAAGAAAAUUGUGAUACUCUGGAAAAAAUAACGGCUAACAAAUUCAAGACAACAUAUUGUUCAGAUGACGAAACAUUCGGUAAAUUCCUCAAAACAGUUGCUAAGUGGAACGUCCAAGAUGGUAAGAAAGAAAAGAUUGAUAAAAAAUGGGCGCAGCUUGUACUUUCGCUGCACCUUCUGUCCUCUCAUACUGAGUCUCUAUCUUUCGGUCCAGUUAAUGAGAAAAUGAAAAUUUUUCGGGAAGCGAUUUCCUUCUUUGAUGUCACACUGAUUGAAGACAAAUCGGUCGAAACGGUUAAGCAACUGUGGGGUGAUGUUGGAAAGGAAAAAACUAUUGACUUUAAGGAAUUAAAUAAAGUUAGAAAGAAAUAUCUACCUUCUCUCGCACAUAUUAAUGCCACCGACAUCGACACCAUAGAUCCCAAAGCGUUCACUCAACUAUUGUGGCUAACGGACGAUUGUCCAUUAAUUUUACGUGAAUGGGAAAAGAUGAAAAAUAUAUUACAGCUGUGUCCCGAUAAAAAAUUCGUUUUGGUUGGCGGAACUAAAGAUGAGGAAUGGAUGAAAAAGGAUUCCGUGUUUCAAAAUUUGUCAGACUUGAGUUUGAAGCCCGAAAUUCUAAAUAUAAUGAAAAAUUUUACCAUUUCCAUUCAGGGAAAGGGCGAACUUGAUCUUUUAACAUCUUUUGGCAGUGAUGAAGAUAUUUUCAAAACUGUUUCAACUGAUACCCUCGUCGAAAUGCUGAACGGUACAUGUUGUGUAGGAGGAACAAAGGAAACACUAGCCGAACCUUAUAUAGAACGCUAUAUUUCGCGAAAUGUCGUUGAUAAUACAUAUUUAGAAAAAGUUCACGAAAACACAAUUAUUAUUUUAAAUUCUGCCAAUAAUUUAGACAAAGUUAAAAGCAAACUCGAUAAAUGUGAAUUAAUUGACAUUAAUAACUUCUUACUGAAAAAAAAUCAGAAUGCCGAAAAUCUAACAAAUAAUGACGUUAACGUUAAUGAACCGAACAGAAUUUACGUAGGUAACAGAAAAAAAAAACAGUUAAAUUCUAAUCUAAACGACAACAAAUAUAAUUCUCGUUUUGAUAAAUCAAGUUUUGCCAACACAGUUUACGUUGGUUCUAGACAUUAUAAUAACUUCAACAAAUUUAUAACGAGCACAGAAAGACAAAACAAUUUCAUUAUUUUAAAAUUUUGA